GUUUCUUAAGUACUAUGUUAUCUAAUAUCCCAUAUUAAUCAUAAAAUUAUAUUUUUAAUUGCACCCUUUUCUUUACUCAUGUUUCCCUCAUGAACAAACAACUCAUCAUCAUAAAUUCUUCAGCUCCACCCACAUAUAGACUGUGAUUUAAAAUUAUAUAUAUAUUUAUGAUUUUAGCUGCCUUAAAAUGCAAAUUUUAAGUUUUUUUCCUGACUUGUUUCUGACAGUCUGAAGAAUUGCUGAUCUGAACAAAGAUGGAAAAUGUGGGUGAAGCUGAUGGAGUUAUCUCAAAAAUGGAAGAGUAUGAAAUAUUAGAACAGAUUGGUAGGGGUGCAUUUGGAACAGCAUAUCUUGUUCAACAUAAAUUGGAGAGUAAGAAAAAGUAUGUGUUGAAGAAGAUCAGAUUGGCUAAGCAGACUGAAAGAUUUAAGAGAACUGCUCAUCAAGAGAUGAACAUAAUAGCAAAGCUGAACAAUCCUUAUGUAGUGGCAUAUAAAGAUGCAUGGGUGGAAAAGGAAUGUUAUGUGUGUAUUGUGACAAGCUACUGUGAAGGAGGAGACAUGGCUGAAACAAUCAAGAAAUCUAGAGGGACAUAUUUUCCAGAAGAGAAACUCUGUAAAUGGUUGGCUCAGCUUCUCUUAGCCUUGGAUUAUCUUCAUUCGAAUCGCGUAUUACACAGAGAUAUAAAGUGUUCCAACAUAUUUCUUACCAAAGAUCACGAUAUCAGGCUAGGUGACUUUGGCCUUGCUAAAUUGCUGAGUAAAGAUGAUCUUGCAUUUUCGAUUGUAGGCAGUCCAAAUUAUAUGUGCCCUGAACUUCUUGCUGAAUUGCCCUAUGGCUACAAGUCGGAUAUAUGGUCGUUAGGCUGUUGUAUGUUCGAAAUUGCCGCACACCAACCUGCAUUUCGAGCACCAGACAUGGCAGGGCUAGUAAACAAAAUAAAUCGGUCUACUAUAUCCCCGCUCCCAACAAUCUAUUCUCCGACAUUGAAACGUUUGAUCAAGACGAUGCUUAGAAAGAACCCGGAACAUAGACCAACAGCUGCAGAGUUGUUAAGAGAUCCUCACUUACAACCAUACCUUGCUCAGUGCCACACAUCUCCCAUUUACCUACCAGUGAAAUCUGAAGUUGCAAACAAAACUAAGCCAAAUGUUCCUCGCUUCACUAGCAGACAGAGCAUAGCCAAGGUUGGAAAGCCAACAAAACCACCAAGCGGUAUUCCUAGAAUCGCUCGAGUACCCAAGAAACCACUUAGUAAGGCGGCUUCCUCUUCUCAUGAUUCACAAGAAACUAAAGUCGAGACCAAAAGGGUCGAUCCAACAAGUUGUUCAGACCGAAUAUCCAAAGCCGAGGAAGGCCUAAGAGUCAUUACCAAUUACAUUGAACAAAUCAAAGAUGCUGAAUUAACAAAAAGUUUCUUCAACAUGUUAAGUUCGUAUCACAAGUAUGAUCAACAUUCCGAGACUGAAAAACUGGCUAUCGAGUAUCUUACUCAAAUACUAGAAAAACUACAGGGAGUUUCUGACAAAACCGAGGACAAAGAAUCAAUCAUGAGAGCUAGUUGUUUAACUGCAUUACAAGAGGAAGUAGUCAAGGCUGAGACGAGUACACAUCUCGAGCAAAGAGCAGAAGCACUAGAGUCACUCCUUGAGCUAUGUGCUCGUUUGCUCAAGCAGGAAAGGUUUGAUGAACUCGCAGGGAUACUAAAGCCGUUUGGUGAAGAACCGGUCUCAUCUAGAGAAACCGCUAUUUGGCUCACCAAAGGACUGAUGACUGCAGGAAAACAGGAUGUGGGACCUUAGCAACAUUCCUGAACACACCCCCCCCCCCCCCCCCCCCCACACACACACACCCAAAGUGUUAUUCACAAUCUUGAUUCUUGACUGUUAUCUUCCAUUUUGCUGUUGAUUUUGCAAGUUAACCCAAUGAUACUACUACUAUAAGCCUAUGUGUUGUGCAUUUGCAAUAUUGAUUUUUGGUAUAUAUAAAAUUAUCAGUUUCAAA